GCUCCUAGACGCGGAGAGGAGAGCCCGCGGUGGCCCCUGCGCGCUCCGCUCGCUCAGAGCACCGCCCCUACCUGUAGAGCCUGGGCGGGCGCCCCCUUCCCGGGCACCGAUUUCGCCUCCUUCUCGGGAACCUCCCGUCCAGCUACCAGUGUUUCGGACAGGCGGCGUUGGGACCCGGUGGCAGGGCGCCAGGCUCGCAGCUGGUGACAUGUAGGCGUCCCCGGUCCAGCCUCGGAACCUGGGCACCCUCCUGCCGGGAAAGUUUAGGGCUGGGCGCCAUGGCCAGGAGCAGCUGCCUGAGUGUUCGCGUGGUGGAGGGCCGGGCGCUGCCCGCCAAGGACGUGUCUGGGAGCAGCGACCCCUACUGCCUCAUGAAGGUGGAUGACGAAGUGGUGGCCAGGACAGCGACGGUCUGGCGGAGCCUGAGCCCCUUCUGGGGGGAGGAGUACACGGUGCACCUGCCCCUAGACUUCCACCAUCUGGCCUUCUACGUGCUGGACGAGGACACUGUCGGACAUGACGAUGUCAUUGGCAAGAUCUCGCUCAGCAGAGAGGCGAUCGUGGCGGACCCCCGAGGGAUCGACAGCUGGAUCAACCUGAGCCCUGUGGACCCAGAUGCCGAGGUGCAGGGUGAGAUCCGUCUGGCGGUGCAGAUGCUGGAAGACGUGCGGGGCCGGUGCCUUCGCUGCCAUGUGCUCCAAGCCAGGGACCUGGCCCCCCGAGACAUUUCUGGCACGUCCGACCCAUUUGCACGUGUGUUUUGGGGCAACCAGAGCUUGGAGACCUCGACCAUCAAGAAGACUCGCUUCCCACACUGGGAUGAGGUGCUGGAGCUUUGGGAGACACCCGGUGGCCCGUCUCCACUGCGGGUGGAGCUCUGGGAUUGGGACAUGGUGGGCAAGAACGACUUCCUGGGCAUGGUGGAGUUCCCCCCUCAGCUCCUGCAGCAGAAGCCACCCGAUGGCUGGUUCCGCCUCCAGCCGUUUCCUAGAGCAGAGGAGGAUUCUGGGGGGAACCUAGGCGCCCUGCGGCUGAAGGUGCGUCUGACGGAGGACCGCGUGCUGCCCUCCCAGUACUAUCAGCCUCUCACGGAGCUGCUCGUGGGGUCUGUGCUGCAGCCAGUGGAGGAUGACGCUGCUAGCCCCCUGGCCUUGCUGGAGGAGCUGACCUCGGGGGACUGUCGCCAAGACCUGGCCACCAAGCUGGUGAAACUCUUUCUCGGCCGGGGCCUGGCAGGGCCCUUCCUGGACUAUCUCACCCGGCGUGAGGUGGCCCGGACCACUGACCCCAACACCCUCUUCCGUUCUAACUCUCUGGCAUCCAAAUCGAUGGAACAGUUCAUGAAGCUCGUGGGCAUGCGCUACCUGCACGAGGUCCUGAAGCCCACUGUCAGCCGCGUCUUCGAGGAGAAGAAGUACAUGGAGCUGGACCCUUGCAAGAUGGACCUGGGCCGCGCCAGGAGGAUCUCGUUCAAGGGCACACCCUCGGAGGAGCAGGUGCGGGAGACCAGCCUGGGGCUGCUGAUGGGCUACCUGGGGCCCAUUGUGGAUGCCAUCCUGGGCUCUGUGGGGCGCUGUCCGCCCGCCAUGCGCCUGGCCUUCAGGCGGCUGCGCCAGCGCGUGGAGGAGCGCUUCCCCCAGGCGGAGCAACAGGACUUGAAGUACCUGGCCAUCAGCGGCUUCCUCUUCCUGCGAUUCUUUGCGCCCGCCAUCCUCACCCCGAAGCUGUUUGACCUCCGGGACCAGCAUGCGGACCCUCAGACCAGCCGCUCCCUGUUGCUCCUUGCCAAGGCCGUGCAGAGCAUCGGGAACCUGGGCCAGCAGCUAGGCCAGGGCAAGGAGCUGUGGAUGGCCCCUCUCCAUCCCUUCCUGCUGCAGAGCGUGGCACGUGUCAGGGACUUCCUGGACCAGCUCGUGGACGUACACGGGGGUGACGAGACUGGUGGCCCAGCCACGGCCCUGGUCCCACCCUCAGCGACCAUGCGAGAAGGCUACCUACUGAAGCGCAAGGAGCAGCCUGCCGGCCUGGCCACGCGCUUCGCCUUCAAGAAGCGCUACUUCUGGCUCAGCGGGGAGACCUUCUCCUACGCCAAGACUCCUGAGUGGCAGACACGCACCUCCAUCCCGGUGUCUCACAUCUGCGCGGUGGAGCGCGUGGACGAGGGCGCCUUCCAGCUGCCCCACGUGAUGCAGGUGGUGACGCAGGACGGCGCGGGAGCACUGCACACCACCUACCUUCAGUGCAAGAAUGUGAACGACCUCAACCAAUGGCUGUCGGCCCUGCGCAAGGCCAGUGCCCCAAACCCGGACAAGUUGGCCUCCUGCCACCCCGGUGCCUUCCGCAGCGCGCGCUGGACCUGCUGCCUCCAGGCCCAGCGCUCAGCUGCUGGUUGCAGCCGCACACACUCGGCCGUCACCCUGGGAGACUGGAGUGACCCACUGGACCCUGAUGCGGAGACCCAGAUGGUGUAUCGUCAGCUGCUCCUGGGUCGGGACCAGCUCAGGCUGAAACUCCUGGAGGAUCUCAGUGUGGACACACCUCCAGAGGCAGACACAGGGCAGGGCUCUGGAGCCACGGAAGGGGUCUGUUCUGAUGCCCUGACCCGGCAGAGGGAGGCGACUACCCGCCUGCUGGAGGUGCUGGCGGACCUGGAGCAAGCCCAUGAGGAGUUCCGGCAUCAGGAGCAGGGGACAGUGGCCCCCCGUCCCCUGGUGCCCUGAGGAAAUGCCCAAGCCAGCCUGGAGAAGGAGCAAGGAGCUGGGGGCCUUCCUCAGCGUGCCCUGGUGCAGGAGUCGCCUCUCGGCUGUCCUGUGACUCUGGUGCUGCGGAUUGGAGGUUUCCAGAGGCACGCCUCGUCCUGUGUUCAGAACCUGGGGCACAGAGGCCCUUUGGGAGGGGCAAGCCUUGCACUGAAUAAUUCUCUUUCUGGCUUGAGGCAAAUGUGGAACCUGGGUCUCUGCCUCACCAGACUGGCCCCUACUCACACUGGCAAGGCCAGCCUGAGCUGCUGGAUACAGCUGUACCUGAAUCCCCCAUGUCCAUGUGGUCUUGUUGUCCCAGUCAGGCACUAAAUGGGCUCAGCCCUUCCUGUUUUCACGUCAGCGGAUCCUUGUAACCUCAUUGAUCCUUCUGCACCCUGCCCUUGGCUGAGGGGCCCAACCACAUGGUUCCUGACACCGAGGCAGGGAGUCUGGUGUGGCAGACUCUGACCCCUGCAGCCUGCAAGACCAUGAGCCAGGCUCUCACCUCCAUCAAGCCUUGGUUUACUCUGUAUGGCAUGAGGUGUGUGCCUUUCACAAAGCGACCACAGAGGUGGCUCAGGACCCAGGGAGGGAGGGGUUUCUCAGGCAGUGGCCCAAAGCCCACCCUCGGGGGCCGUUAGAAAUGCAGGUUCCUGGGCCCCACCCCGUCACUGACUCAGAAUCCGAGGGUAUACUGGGGCAGGAGCCAGAGUCUUUCACAUGCCCCCAUGUGCUGUGGGUGAGCGUAAGGAGGCAUGGAGGUUAAGGCUGCUGGCUGCCACAUGGCCAACUAUGUGGUUCGAGUC